AUGGAUCCGAUGGUGGCAGCUUUAAGUAAUUUCAGGAGGAAAAAGUACGAUAAAUGUGUUGAAAUAUGCACUCAAUUGUUGGUAAAGCAACCUCUGGAUCAGGCAGCAUGGUAUCUGAAGAUGCGAGCUAUGACGAAGAGGGUACAUGUAGAUGAUAUCGAUGGUGAAGAUGCUAUGACUGAGGAUCUAUUCGAUGAGAAUGCGGUCGCUGCAGCUCCGAGACCAGGGACCAGCAUGAAAACUACCAAAACUUUACCCAUGAGGCCUGUUGGGUCUGCGGGUCGUCCUAUUUCAGGAAUCGCGCGACCCGCAUCCUCUUUGCAACGACCUGGUUCAUCCUUGGAUCCGCGGAUGAAGACUGCCAGACCAAUCACUUCGCAAUCCGCCAGAGCUAUACGCUUAGGUACCGCGGCAAUAUUAUCUCAAUCUGAUGGUCCCUUCAUCCAAGUAUCUCGAUUGAAUUUGGCCAAGUACGCAAGGGAUCCAUGCCUUGCGAAACCGCUGUUUGAAUACAUAUUCUACGCAACGGGCGACGCUCGGGCUGCUCUGGAGUUGGCGGUGCAGGCGACUCAAGCCAAUGAAUUCAAAGAUUGGUGGUGGAAAGUUCAACUGGCAAAAUGCUACGUCGCUCUGAAUUUGAUCAGAGAUGCGGAGCAACAGUUGAGGAGCGCCUUGAAGCAACAGUACCACGUGGAAACCUUUCUUAGAUUAAUUCGUGUAUAUUUAAGAUUAGACCAACCGCUGUCUGCAGCUGAAGUAUGCAAAUCCGCUCUGGAGAUCUUCCCCUUAGAUGUGGCUAUAUUUACGGAGCUGGGGCGUCUAGGAGAAGCUUUGGGCGAUAUUCCUUCAUCCGUUAAGCAUUACAGGAACGUUCUCAUACAGGACGCGACCAACGCCGAGGCUAUAGCCUGCAUUGGCGUCUACCAUUUCUACAAUUACCAACCCGAGUUAGCUUUGAGAUAUUAUAGACGUGUUUUGGCGAUGGGAGCUCAUUCCGCCGAGCUUUAUAACAAUCUAGGUCUUUGUUGUCUUUACUCCCAACAGCUAGAUCUGGUGCUCGUGUGUUUCCAGAGAGCACUCGAUUUGGCAACGGAUCCUCUUAUCAAAGCAGACAUUUGGUACAAUCUGUCGCACGCUGCUAUCAGCUCCGGUGACAUAGAGCUUGCCUUAAACUGCUUGAAUCUGUGUCUUAUCUGUGACUCGAAUCAUGCCUCGGCAUACAAUAAUCUUGCAGUACUUCAGCAUAAGCUGGGUCGACCCUUGCUCGCGAAAUCUUACAUGAUGACGGCAAUUAAAUUGGAACCCGAUAUGCCAGAGCCGCAUAUAAACUUAGAAUUCUUGAAAUCCAAGAUAUGACGCGGAUCCGACCAAUUAGAAAGCCCGGUCUAAUUGUAUAAGCACA